CAACAGGAACAGGAUCCCACUAACCUGUACGUUUCCAACCUGCCUGUGUCCAUGGAUGAGCAGGAGCUGGAGAACAUGCUGAAACCGUUCGGUCACGUUAUCUCCACACGGGUACUACGGGACGCCACCGGGGUCAGCAGAGGAGUCGGCUUCGCCAGGAUGGAGUCAACAGAGAAGUGUGAUGUGGUGAUUCAACAUUUCAAUGGAAAGUUUCUGAAGACUCCUCCAGGCGUACCAGCUCCUGUAGAACCCCUACUCUGUAAGUUUGCAGAUGGAGGACAGAAGAAGAGGCUGAACCAGAACAAGUACCCCCACAACGGACAACCGUGGACCAGAGAUGGAGAGAGUGGCAUGACGUUGACAUAUGACCCCACUGCAAUGCAUAAUGGGUUCUACUCCUCUCCAUACAUCUCCACCAAUAGGAUGAUAGCACAGACAUCCAUCACUCCCUUCGUCGCUGCCUCACCUGUCUCCACGUACCAGGUCCAGAAUACAUCCUGGAUGCCUCAUCAACAGUAUGUUAUGCAACCUACCGUUGCUGUGAUAACCCCAGCUAUGGACCUCUCCAUGCCCAUGCAGCCCUCCAGUAUGAUGGGUCCUAUAACACAGCAGAUGAACCACAUGUCCCUGGGAAACACAGGGACCCAGUACAUGUCUGCAGCAGCUGCUCCAAUGCAAGGAGCCUACAUUCCUCAGUACCCUGCAGUGCCUGCCUCCGCCCUCACAGUGGACGCAGUGGUGACAGAGGACUCGCCCCAGACUGAACCCCCCUCCUCACAGGACCCUAACGGACAGCCACCCCUGGACAGCGACUCAGCUGCCUACUCCUACCAACAGACUAAAUAACAGGAGGAUGACGAGCGAUGUGUUUCCGGUAACUGCAUUGCCUUGAGACAGCGGCUGCACUGAAGCACUGGAGGGAUGGAGGGAGGAAAAAUACUGGAUGACUAAAAGGAGGACUAAGAGAGAUCGUUUUAUCUUUGCACAGGCAUCAAAAAAAGACUUUGUUUUAUCUGUCCAGAGAGAGAGAGAGAGAGAGAGACGAGAGAGACGAGAGAGAGAGAGAGAGAGAGAGAGCGAGAAGAGAGAGAAGAGAGAGAAGAGAGAGA